ACUAGCACAGAAGGAAUGAAAUCAGAGCUCCGCAGCAAUGGCGAAUAGUAGUCGUAUGGGACGACUCAGAGAAGGGUUUUUUCAGGUUCCGUUGUGCGGCGAAGCGCAUGAAAUUGAACACUCAUCUAGAGACGGCAGCCACUACAGCCUUUCUACGGGCAUUCUUCCUCCUCUGGGUGCUCGAAGCAACCGCGGAGUUAAACUCCGCCGGUUUAUUGUCUCUCCCUAUGAUCGCCGUUAUAGGUCAUGGGAGACUUUUCUGGCCGCCCUGGUCCUAUAUAUUGCUUGGGUAUCUCCUUUUGAAUUCGGUUUUCUUUCAUACCCCGCAGGAACUCUCUCUAUUAUUGAUAAUGUUGUGAACAGUUUCUUCGCAAUUGACAUUGUUCUCACUUUCUUUGUGGCAUACAUGGAUAAAACCACAUACCUUCUUGUUGAUACCCCCAAACGGAUCGCUUGGCGUUAUGCAAGUACUUGGUUCAUAUUUGAUGUCAUUUCCACAAUCCCUCCAGAAGUCGCUUGUAAAAUCUCACCUCCUUUAAGCUUGUAUGGUUUAUUCAGUAUGCUUCGCCUCUGGCGUCUCCGUAGAGUUAGUGCCCUAUUUGCCAGAUUGGAGAAAGAUAGGAAUUUCAGUUAUUUUUGGGUUCGAUGUGCAAAACUUAUAUGCGUUACCCUUUUUGCGGUUCAUGUUGCUGGGUGCUUCUAUUAUUUCCUUGCUGCUCAUUAUCAUGACCCAAAGAGAACUUGGAUUGGGGCAUCUAUGGAAGAUUUCCGUCACCAGAAUCUAGGGAUUCGUUAUGUUACUUCUAUAUAUUGGUCAAUCACAACUCUGACGACAGUUGGUUAUGGUGACCUGCAUGCUGAGAACACUAUGGAGAUGAUAUUCACCAUGUUCUACAUGCUCUUUAACUUGGGGCUGACAGCAUACUUGAUAGGAAAUAUGACGAAUUUAGUAGUUCAUCGUACAAGCAAGACCAGACAAUUUAGAGAUGCAAUUCAAACAGCCUCAAGUUUUGCACACAGGAAUCAGUUGCCCGCUCGCCUCCAAGAACAGAUGCUUGCUCACUUGUGCUUGAAGUUCAGAACAGAUUCAGAGGGACUGCAGCAGCAAGAGACACUUGAUUCCCUCCCCAAAGCUAUCCGGUCAAGCAUAUCACAUUUUCUGUUUUACUCUUUGGUUGAUAAUGUCUAUCUUUUUCGGGGAGUAUCAAAUGAUUUGCUCUUCCAACUAGUCUCAGAGAUGAAAGCAGAGUACUUUCCCCCCAAAGAGGAUGUAAUUCUUCAAAAUGAAGCACCAACAGACUUCUACAUUCUUGUGACGGGAGCUGCGGAUCUACUGGUCUACAAAAAUGGAGUUGAACAGGUUGUUGGUGAGGCCAAGACUGGUGAUCCUGUUGGUGAAACUGGGGUUCUUUGUUAUAGGCCCCAGCUAUUCACAGUCCGUACAAGAAGAUUGAGUCAGCUUCUACGACUGAACCGUACUUCAUUUUUAAAUAUAGUUCAGUCCAAUGUUGGAGAUGGAACCAUCAUUAUGAAUAACCUCCUUCAGCAUUUGAAGAAUGCAAGGGAUCCCAUUAUGGUGGGAGUCCUCUUACAGACAGAGAACAUGUUAGCCCGAGGAAGAAUGGACCUACCUCUCACCCUUUGCUUUGCCGCACUCAGAGGAGAUGAUUUAUUGUUGCGCCAUCUGCUGAAGCGGGGCCUUGACCCAAAUGAAUCUGACAACAAUGGAAGAUCUGCUCUUCAUAUAGCAGCAUCCAAAGGAUGUGAGAACUGUGUAGCUCUUCUGUUGGACUUUGGGGCUGAUCCGAACUGCAUAGACAGAGAAGGGAGUAUACCGGUGUGGGAGGCCAUCUUGGGAAAGCAUGAAUCAAUCAUCAGGCUGUUGAUAGGCAAUGGUGCUGAACUGUGCCGAGGUGACAUGGGUCGUUUUGCGUGCAUAGCGGCCGAAGAAAACAACAUGGACCUACUCAAAGAAAUUGUACAGUGGGGUGGGGAUGUCACCCGUCCCAAAGCCAAUAAUGGAUCAACAGCACUCCAUAUUGCAGUGUGCGAGGGAAACCUUGAGAUGGUCAAGUACCUUGUGAACCAAGGGGCUGAUAUCGACAAACCCGAAGAAAACGGGUGGACCCCAAAGAGCCUUGCUGAACAGCAAGGCCACGAGGACAUCAAACAACUAUUUCUUGAGCUCUCCAAGAAAGAGAAGAACAAAACCACGUCUUAUGUUGUUAAUAACAAUUUUAUAACAGUACCCCUAGGUGAAGAAAGGAAUGGGGUUCAGUUCUUGGGGAGGUUUAAGAGCGAGCCGACCAUCCCUCUUUCUUCUUCACUCCAGGUGACAACUGAAGGGUCCUCAGGUUGGGGUCGAUCUAGGAGGAGGACUAACACCUUCCACAACUCAUUAUUUGGAAUACUAUCAGCUGCUGCCCGAAACGGAGGAGACCAACAAGGAAGCUUGCCUCAACAAGGAAGCUUGCCUACAUAUCCUGCUGGGAAUGCAACUGCAAAAACUGUGAGUGGGAUGAAGACCUGUGUUACUGCCAGGGUCACUGUGAGUUGUCCUGAGAAAGGAGAUGUCUCCGGGGUGGUUGUGAUGCUUCCUAGUAGCUUCCAAGAGCUACUUCAGAUUGGCAUUAAGAAAUACGGAUUCUUGCCAGAAAAAGUUUUGAGCAAAGAGGGAGCAGAGAUUGAUUGUAUAGAGUUGAUCAGAGAUAAUGAUCACUUGGUUUUUGCAAUGUGAUGGUAAAACCAGCUAAACUGUCUGCCACACCACACUUUCUUUCCCUUGGCUGUGGGAGGUGUUGUUGUGGCUGCUCAUUAGCCUCUUCUACUAACUGCUAACUAAAUGUAAACAUGCCUGCCUUGGUGCAUAUGUAUACCAAAUCACACAUCCACACCAUAUGUGAGGGCUUUGUGCGACACGUUUACGCGCAGUCCAAGCUGAUCCCCUUUUUCUGAUUCUAUAAUUCAUUAAAUAGG